AUGGAGAAAGCACACUCGUUUGUUGAUGCCUCUGCUGAUGUCGAGAGAGGAAUUUCUGUUUCUUCUCAGGAGCAGAACGAGGGACUCACAGAAAAGCUUGAUUCUGUGGAGUCGGCUACGCCUGAACUCUUUCGUGCUACUUUCUCAAUUGAGGGUAUGACUUGCAGUGCUUGCGUUACCAAUGUCUCGCAGGCCAUCUCUCAGCUUCCGUUCGUACAGGACGUGAAUGUCAAUCUACUGAGCAACUCAGCCACGGUCGUCUUCGCAGGUCGAAACAAUGGCAAGCUUAUCUCCGAGUCCAUCGAGGAUGCUGGAUACGAUGUUUCUCUGAGCCAAAUGGAUUCCCUGGAUGUCGGGACUACCAACGAGCAGACGUGGAAAGCAACGUUCUCAAUCACAGGCAUGACCUGUGCUGCUUGCGUGCAAUCUCUCACCACUGGACUCGAGCAGCCCGAAUGGAUCGAAAGUGCUCAGGUCAACCUGAUCUCAAACAGUGCAACAGUGACGUUCAAAGGAACCAAAGAAAGUGUCAAAGAUGUCAUUGAAAUCAUCGAAGACUUGGGCUUUGACGCAUCCACCGAGGAAAUCAACAGCAUUCAGACUACCCAGGAGCAGGUUCUGGAACGGAAGGUUAUUCUGCAGAUGACAGGCAUGUACUGUCAUCACUGCCCACCACGCAUCAUGAAAGCCCUCGUCGAAAAUUUUGACAAUCAAGUAACGAUCGACGAAGAGUGCAGUAUGGCAAACCCUUUUCUCAGACUCAGCUAUCAACCUCAGCCACCAACCUCGACACUGAGAAACUUCCUUAAUGUCAUGAAUGGUCUGGACGCAGAAGUACAAGUCUCCAUCUACAACCCUCCAACCAUCGAACAACGAUCAAGAGAAAUCCACGCCGCCGAACGCAGAAAGAUACUCCUUCGUUUUUUGUUGUGUCUCGUAACCGCGAUUCCAACAUUCGUUAUCGGCAUCGUAUACAUGACACUCGUCAAUCAUGAGAACACGGGUCGCAGAUACCUCAUGCAACAUAUCUGGGCAGGUACGGUCACCAGAGCAGACUGGGCUUUGUUCAUCAUGGGCACCAUCAUCUACUUCUUCGCUGCCGACAUUUUCCACAUCCGAAGCUUGCAAGGAAUAUACCUCAUGUGGAAGCCUUCGUCGCGCACACCGCUUAGCCAUCGUCUACUUCGAUUCGGAAACAUGAACAUGUUGAUCAGUCUUGGGACGUCGAUUGCAUACUUUGCUUCUAUCGCUGCUCUUGCCAUCAAUGCUACGAGUGCAAAGAAUGCGGUGGGACAGGCACAGGCUUAUUACUUUGACUCUGUGGUCUUCCUGACGUUGUUCUUAUUAGGUGGUAGAGGGUUAGAGGCGUGGAGCAAAGCAAAGACUGGUGACGCUGUUGCUGCCCUAGGAUCUCUAAGACCCGAUACUGCUCUCGUGGUCACUCCCUCUCCCGACAAAACCUCUAUGACUCUAGACAAGACAGCAACUGAAUUGCUGGAAGUCGGUGAUGUGGUCAGAGUCCUCCAAGGCAGUUCACCUCCCUUCGACGGCAUCAUUGUCAAUGGCGAGACCAAAUUCGACGAGGCGAGCUUGACAGGAGAGUCCAAACUCGUGUCAAAGCAACCCGGCGAUCAAGUCUUCUCGGGCACAAUCAACAAAGCAACACCCAUCGACGUGCGAUUGACUUCCAUCUCGGGCACCUCCAUGCUAGACCAAAUCAUCAAAGUCGUCCGCGAAGGACAAACCAAACGCGCGCCGGUGGAACGUGUAGCAGAUAUUCUGACCUCGCGCUUUGUGCCGUUCAUCAUCCUCAUCGGCAUCUCUACAUGGCUCAUCUGGCUCUCUCUGGGUCUGUCCGGUAGCUUGCCAUCUUCAUGGCUGGAUUCGCAGAUUGGUGGGUGGCCGUUUUGGUCUCUACAAUUUUCGAUUGCCGUGUUUGUGGUGGCGUGUCCUUGUGGCAUUGGUCUUGCCGCCCCUACUGCAUUGUUUGUGGGUGGCGGGCUGGCUGCCAAACAUGGGAUUCUGGUCAAAGGAGGAGGAGAGGCGUUUCAGGAGGCGAGCAUGCUUGAUUGUGUCGUUUUUGACAAGACGGGCACAUUGACGCAGGGGACUGCGCCCGCUGUUGCCGAUUGCAAGGUCUUCGGCGAUAGAGACGUGAAAGAGGCUUUGAUGAUGGCCAGGGCGCUCGAGGAGAAUAGCAGUCAUCCGGUUGCUAGAGCUGUUGUUGAGUACAGCAAAGCUCAACUCCUCGGUGCUGAAAGCAAGCAGGCUCUCGAUGUUGAAGAAGUAUCUGGUAAAGGACUCCGAGGCACUUUCAACAUGGGCUCGCAAACACGGGUCACAGCAAUCAUCGGCAACGAAGCACUAAUGGCAGAUCACAACCUACAGCUCGACUCAGAAAGCAUAGAUUUGAUUGAAAGCUGGAAACAGCAGGGCAAAUCAAUUGCUCUUCUAUCAACUUCUUCAUCUUCAAAGACAGACUUCACUCUAGUGGCAGCCUUUGCCGUUGCAGAUCCGCUGAGACCCGAAGCGGCCACUGUCGUCAGGUGGCUGCAGAAGCAAGGGCUCGAGGUAUUCAUGAUCUCAGGCGAUAACGCAACCACAGCAAAUAGCGUGGGGGCAGCGGUAGGUAUACCGGCGUCAAACAUCAUGGCUGGAGUCAUGCCGGAGCAAAAGGCAGACAAGAUCAAGUAUCUGCAGCAGACUCUUGUACCACGACGCGCGCGAGCCUUCAUCGGACAGCGCAAGCAGAGGGCUACGGUAGCCAUGUGCGGCGACGGCAUCAACGACUCUCCAGCUCUGGCGACGGCGGAUGUGAGUAUUGCGAUAGGGUCGGGGUCCGAUGUGGCCUUGUCGACUGCGAGUUUUGUGCUUGUCACGUCCGACUUGCAUGCAUUGGUCAGGCUGUUGGAACUGUCGCGUGUGGUGUUCCGCCGGGUGAUGCUUAAUUUUGCUUGGGCAUUGGUGUACAACUUGAUUGCAUUGCCCGUUGCGGCAGGAGUAUUGUAUGCCAUCAGCAGUGGAGGAAAGCACGUCCGGCUGGAUCCAGUGUGGGCCAGUUUGGCCAUGGCGCUGAGUUCGGUAUCCGUAGUGUCGAGCAGUCUUCUGUUGCGCACCAGGAUCCCCUUGGUAGGCUUCAGAGCAUCCAAGAUUUAG